GAAUGGCCUGGGUGGGGAAUCCCACUGCAGUUGGGCUCGAGUCUCAGAUCUUCCUCCUGCCUGUGCUCUCUCUAAUGACGACAAGGAGAGAAAGAGAGCCUACAGGAAUGGCUUUCUCAAUGUGCCCUAGAUUGCUAGAACAAAAUAAAAAUUAACUCCUAAAUGUUUCUAACAUGAAUUAGAACAUGUAACGCUAAAGUACCAAAUCAGCAUAGUCAUUCAUAACCCAAAUAGUUCACCAUUCAUGCAAAUGAUAGCGUGUAUAUCUUAACACACUCUAGAUCCUAGAUCGAAAGGUCAUAUGUGCUCAAUUCAUUUGUCAAAUGCAAUCUAAUAUGCAUAUUAAUGAGCUGAUGGAGUGCAGAAAAUUGCAUUCUGCAUAUGAAAUACUUUUAAAAUGAAAUAAAUUAAUUCUGUUCCCAUGAAAGAAGGCUGAAUGCAUUGGCACACCAUUGGUAUGCAAAAAAAAUCCUCCAAAAAGCUAGUUUGAAAAAAUAUUCCUCUAUUCUGAAAGCCGAGUCUGAAAACAGCCACAGUUCUAACCUAUUUCCAGUUUUUUUUUUAAUGUUCAGAAAGCAAAUUAAUCAAACGCACCAUCACUUUGAAACGGUUCGAGUGGCUGAGCUCUGUGCGGAGGCUGCGUCUGCAGAGCGCUGGUCCCCGCAGUGGAGAGAGGGUUAAGAAUACCUAGUUGAAAUGGGGGAGGGUACCGACUUUGGAUUUACUUAAAUAUUCAUGGGGCUUCCUCCAUUUUAAUCUUCUCCUUUUUAAAAGAUGGCUGUGUUUCCCAGCCUGGCAACCCCUCAGGAAAGAAUUGCUCCUUCCAGGCAGAGUUCAGCUGAGCAGGACUAAUCUAGAGUGGAAACCCCUUCGGCCACCAGGACUAUUCAUAAUUCAUAAGUGCUGCAAACCAGCCAGCUGCAUACAUUUGGACAGGCUCUUGCUCCUUUGUGCAAUUGCUGAUUUCAUUACUGUGUCUGCCAGGAAAGAAGCGGGCAGUGCAGGCUUCUCGCAAGAAUGGAGUGCGAACGUGGGCUUUGUUUGGAUUAGAAAAUGCCCUAAGUUGUGGAGGCUUGGUCUUUUCUAAGUUUUGAUUAUUUUACCACUGAAUCUGCAAGGCUUUCCCGAUCCUUUCGAGAUUGCUCUCUCAGAACUGUGAAUUCUUUCGAAGGGAUUUGUGGAUUGCGGAAGGAGAGCAUUCCAAAAUGCCUGAGGCGAACUAUUUGUUAUCUGUAUCUUGGGGUUACAUCAAGUUCAAAAGAAUGCUGAACCGGGAGCUGACACACCUCUCAGAAAUGAGCCGAUCAGGGAACCAGGUGUCUGAAUAUAUUUCAAAUACUUUCUUAGACAAGCAGAAUGAUGUGGAGAUUCCAUCUCCCACCCAGAAAGACAGAGAGAAAAAGAAAAAGCAACAGCUCAUGACACAGAUAAGCGGAGUGAAAAAACUGAUGCAUAGUUCAAGCUUAAACAAUACAAGCAUCUCACGCUUUGGAGUCAACACGGAAAAUGAAGAUCAUCUGGCCAAGGAGCUGGAAGACCUGAACAAAUGGGGCCUCAACAUCUUCAACGUGGCUGGGUAUUCACACAACAGACCCCUAACAUGCAUCAUGUAUGCCAUAUUCCAGGAAAGAGACCUCCUAAAGACAUUCAAAAUCUCAUCUGACACAUUUGUAACCUACAUGAUGACCUUAGAAGACCAUUACCAUUCUGACGUGGCAUAUCAUAACAGCCUACACGCUGCUGAUGUAGCCCAGUCAACCCAUGUUCUUCUUUCUACGCCAGCAUUAGACGCCGUCUUCACAGAUUUGGAAAUCCUGGCCGCCAUUUUUGCUGCUGCCAUCCAUGACGUUGAUCAUCCCGGAGUCUCCAAUCAGUUUCUCAUCAACACAAAUUCGGAACUUGCUUUGAUGUAUAAUGAUGAAUCUGUGUUGGAAAACCAUCACCUUGCCGUGGGUUUCAAACUGCUGCAAGAAGAGCACUGUGACAUCUUCCAGAACCUCACCAAGAAGCAGCGCCAGACGCUCAGGAAAAUGGUUAUCGACAUGGUGUUAGCAACUGAUAUGUCCAAACAUAUGAGCCUGCUGGCAGACCUGAAGACAAUGGUGGAAACAAAGAAAGUUACAAGUUCAGGUGUUCUUCUCCUGGACAACUAUACUGAUCGUAUCCAGGUUCUUCGCAACAUGGUCCACUGUGCAGAUCUGAGCAACCCCACCAAGUCCUUGGAAUUGUAUCGGCAAUGGACAGACCGCAUCAUGGAGGAGUUUUUCCAGCAGGGAGACAAAGAGCGGGAGAGGGGAAUGGAGAUUAGCCCAAUGUGCGAUAAGCACACAGCUUCUGUGGAAAAGUCCCAGGUUGGUUUCAUUGACUACAUUGUCCACCCGCUGUGGGAGACCUGGGCAGACCUGGUACAGCCUGAUGCCCAGGACAUUCUGGAUACAUUAGAAGAUAACAGGAACUGGUAUCAGAGCAUGAUACCCCAGAGCCCCUCCCCACCCCUGGACGAGCAGAACAGAGACUGCCAGGGCCUCAUGGAGAAGUUUCAGUUUGAACUGACCCUCGAUGAGGAGGAUUCUGAAGGACCUGAGAAAGAGGGAGAGGGCCACAGCUAUUUCAGCAGCACAAAGACACUUUGUGUGAUCGAUCCAGAAAGCAGGGAUUCCCUGGGAGAGACUGGUGUAGACAUGGCAACAGAAGACAAGUCCCCAGUCGACACAUAAUCUCCCUGUCCAUGUGGAGACGAACAUUCCACCCUUGACAAGCAUGCCAGCUGUUUGGUAGGGCCAGCCCGACAUGGGGGCCCAGGCCUGCACGGGACAAGGGCCAUGUGGCCUUUCCAGUUACUUGAGUUUAGAGCCAGAAUGCAAGACCGUGAAGCAAAGAGCAGCUCAGGAAACUCCACGGUUGACUUGCCUUGCUUGCAAGCUUGGUGGAGAGCUGAAGCUUCACGUGGUACUGGAGGCCAAGUUCGGAUCAUGACUACAUGGCUUGAAAAUGGAAGACACAAAACUGAGAGAUUUUUCUGCACUAAGUUUUGGGACUCUGUCCCCCCUAGUGACCGAACUGACUGACUAAUAACGUCAUUUAUAAAUCUGCUCACCUGUCCCCUUGUCUGCCAACCUGUGUGCCUUUUUUGUAAAACAUUUUCACGUCUUUAAAAUGCCUGUUGAAUACCUAGAGUUUAGUAUCAACUUCUACACAGAUAAGCAUUCAAAGUUGACAUGAACUUUUUUGACUCUUUCUGGGGAAACCAAAAAAGGAAAGAACACGGUCUUCCUUCUCUCUUGGGCAAUAUCUUUCACUUUACUACAGCGACUUUUGCAAAUAGAAAGGCUACGCUUCUAACCACACUCCACUUCCUUCCCCCGGUGUCCCAUCCAACUUGUUGCCUCUGUCUGCCUGCUCUGAACAGUAAUUUUUUCUCCUCUAGAGUUUCACUGUUUUGCUGUAAACAGAAUAAAGUUGAACAAACUAAGGGGCAGGAAGGGUAGUUGUGUUGUUCACAAUAACAGUCAGUGUAAAUUCACCUUGAUGAGGCAGUGCGCCCCGCGUGGCUGGCCCCCGGGCCCCGGGAGCGCACAUCCCCGUCCCCUCCUCGCCCCCCACCCCACCCCCCUUGACUGAUGACGCCCUUGCCAACUUCAUGCUGCCGUCUCUCUCUUGCACUGCCUUCUGCCCUGACACCUCCAUUCUGUUUAUAACCGUGUAUUUAUUACUUCAUGUAUAUAAUGUAAUGUUUUGUAAGUUAUUAAUUUAUAUAUCUAACAUUGCCUGCCAAUGGUGGUGUUAAAUUUGUGUAGAAAACUCUGCCUAAGAGUUGCGACUUUUCUCGUAAUGUUUUGUAUUGUGUAUUAUAUAACCUGGACGUCGCUUAGGAGAGACACGCGGCCCCUCGCCAGUGAGGAGUCGCUGGGCUUUUCUUCAGAGGCUCUGCCCUUGCCCCCGUCUGAGUUGCUAAUCCCACGCAACCCCUUUAUGAACCGGUUUUGGAAACAGGAUUGUCACAUUAGAUACUAAAUGGUUUAUACUGAGCUUUUCCUUUUGUAUAGUUUGUUAGGGGGCUGGGCAGGGCACUGUAGUCUUGGCCCACGUUCCAUCCGCGUCUGCGUGUGCAGGAGUUGGGCGACAACUGGGUUCUGCUAUCGCUGUAGCUUCGGUUUAAAAAGCAACACUACAUUUGCUCCCAGGCGGCUCUUUGAGUGUUCCCCAACUACUGACUUCGACGAGAAAGCCCCCCGCCUGCCGUUGGGCAGGAACGUCAUGUUCCAAUUAAUUACAAAAGAAAACAAUAAAACAAUGUGAAUUUUAUAAUAAAAUGUGAACUGAUGUACUAAAUUGUGCAAAUGUGAAGCUUCCGGUGACACUUGUUAGGCUUCCUACUGCCUUCAGUCUCAAUUUGUAAAAUGUAUUUCACGCUUUCAGUUUCAGCCUUGUGACUCAGUAGUUAAAAAAAACGGCACAAAUGUGCAUGACCAAUGGGUUUGUAUGUCUGUGAACACUGCUAUUCAGGUGGACAUUUGAUUGUUUUCAAAAGUUUCUCACCAUGUAUGUUAUAGUAUUAUUAUUAUAUAUUGUGCUCAAAUGCAUUCUUCAGAGACUUUUAUAUGAGGUGAAUAAACGAAAGCAUGAUUA